UGUGCUCUAGGAGGAGACGGAGGAAGAUUCUACUGUAGGUGAACAGAUUCUCUUAGAGAAGAAUGGUUCUGACAAAUGGCUCUUUGGUAACAGAAUUUGUUCUCUUGGGUUUAACAGACAACCCUGACCUGCAAAUACCCCUGUUCUUGGUUUUUCUAGUAAUGUAUUUGAUAACUGUCCUGGGAAAUUUGACUUUGAUCCUUUUAACUGUGCUGAACUCUCACCUUCACACCCCCAUGUACUUUUUCCUCUUUAACUUGUCUUUCAUAGACCUCUGCUAUUCUUCCGUUGUUACACCCAAAUUACUAAUGAACUUUGUACUAAAGAAGAAUAUUAUCGGUUUUGCAGGAUGCAUGACUCAACUCUACUUCUUCUGUUUCUUUGUCAUCUCUGAAUGUUACGUCCUGACAGCAAUGGCCUAUGAUCGCUAUGUGGCAAUUUGCAAUCCACUCAUGUAUAAUGUUGCCAUGUCCCCUAAGGUCUGUUCCUAUCUUAUGCUUGGUUCAUAUUUGAUGGGGAUUUUUGGUGCCAUGAUCCACACUGGAUGCAUCCUGAGACUGACCUUCUGUGCUGGAAACAUCAUCAACCACUACUUCUGUGACCUCCUGCCUCUGAUGAAGCUCUCCUGCACCAGCACCUAUGUCAAUGAGAUAGAGAUUUUCAUUGUAGGGGGUAAAGAUAUCAUUGUGCCUGGCAUUGUUGUCUUUAUAUCUUAUGGAUUCAUUCUUUAUAGUAUCCUCCAAAUAAAGUCUACUACAGGAAGGUCCAAAGCCUUCAACACCUGUAGUUCCCACAUAAUUGCUGUUUCCUUAUUUUAUGGAUCAAAUGCAUUUAUGUACCUAAAACCCUCCUCAGUUGGAUCUUUGAAUGAAGGAAAAGUAUCUUCUGUCUUCUAUACCAUUGUGGUUCCCAUGUUGAAUCCUUUAAUCUACAGUUUGAGAAACAAAGAUGUUAUAGUUGCCCUGAGAAAAACUUUGAACAGAAGAAAGUUUUGA